AUGGGACAAAAGUCAAUCUGGUAUGUAUUUGAAUCAACUGAUCAGAAUGUGAUACAUACGAGAUACAUUCGCCCUCGAAAUGAGGUCGCCUCUACAGUUCGAGACAAAACAUUUGCAGCCGAGCUUUUGAUGGUCACGCUGUUUAGCGUCCCCAUGGACCUUUUUGCGAGUUAG